UUAAUGUAAACAUGUUUGAUGUUUGUGUAUCUUUUCAGUUAUAUCUUCAAAUUCGAUGCUCCCCCGAGCGAGUGAUUAGAGUGAUUGAAAAAUUAGAACCAAAGCAAAAGGCAGCCAUAGAAGAAAUAGGAUUUGGUAGUCUCUUGCAACUUCGAUGUAGGAAAAUUGAUCAUGGGUUAUGUCUUUGGUUGAUAAAUAGUUUUAAUCCGAACACUUAUAUCUUAAAGUUGUAUAAUACUUGUAUCAAAUUAUCCCCCAUUGAUGUUGAAUUUAUUGAGGGAUUGAGGGCAAGAGGGUUCAAGAUUGGCAUGAACAAAGAUGUUAGCCAUAAGAAUGAUUUAUGUAAAAAAUAUUGUGAUAAAAAAGGGCGAUUGCCAUUAGUGAUGUUAGAAAAUCAAAUUAGGGAGGAUAAAAAGGGUGGAAACGAUUUUAAAGUUCGUUUUGUAUUAUUUGUGUUGGGUGCAUUAUUGUGCCCAACAAUGAAGCUUUUUGUGAAUCGUUCUUUCUUACAUCUUAUGGAAGACAUCGAUUCAAUAAAGAAGAUGAAUUGGGCAGAAUUUGUGUUGUCCUAUCUUGUGCACGGGAUUGAAGAGGUUAAGAAGAAACAACAAAGUGGGGUUUGCGGUUGCUUAUUGUUUUUAAUGUUAUUCUACCACGAGCAUAUAUCGUUUGAAGAGAAAUUUCUACCGCUAUAUACUCGACCUUCUCCUCGGAUUACUGCUUGGGGAGAUGAUGAAGUAUUGGACAGGAAACGAAGAUUGAAAAAACUUGGUGGAUAUGCAAAUGAGAAUCUCAAAAUAUGGGUGAUAGAAAAUGAGAUAAGGGAUUGCGUUGAUGGAAAUGCAACGAUAAUGGCGAGUGAGAAUGAGGACGAUGAGAAAUUUGUAAUCAAUCUAAACAAAGAUGUUAUUAAAUGAGUUGAUGGUGGGAACUUAAUGGAGAUGGAUAAAACCUUUCAACAAUUAAAGACACAUCUAAUUGAUAUGGCUUAUGGUGCAAGUAGUAGUAGUUGUGAUCAAAUUUUGGCUAAAUUUGAGGAGAAUUAUACUACAGUGAAAGGUCUCUUCCUUAGGUCAAGCGGAAAACCUUUGAGAAUGCACGAGGAAGGAACGAAGAAUGACAUUCUCUCAUGCGAGAGAAGUUUGGAAGAUACGAACAAUAUGAAUGUGAAUGAACAUUAUCUUCACACUUUGUCAAAUGAGAAGUUAUGCACCGAGGACUUGAAUGAAAAGAAUGAAGAUGCAUGUGCUACAUCAAUUGAAGUGCAUAUCAUUCCAGACGAAAAUCAAAAUAUUUUACCACUUCCAAUCAAAAGGAGUAGAAGAGAUUAUGGAAAGGUAUGUAUCAUAUAAAAGAAAAAAUUAUUUUCUUUACAACUACUUAACCAUUACAUAGUAAAUAGAUGUAUAUUAAUGGCAUUUUCCAUAUUAGGAACCAUUACAAGCACUAUGUGGUUAUCCUAAUCAUGUCAUGAAAACACGUACAUCAAGGGAGAGGAAACCAAGUAAAUUCAAGGUCUCCCCAUUUGUACACAAUUUAAGGAAGAUGGUAAAAUGUGAAGCAUCAGAGGUAUAAUACAAAUAGUUUAAUAUCAUUGUUCUUAUUUUUGAUACUUAACAUAUAUAGUUAAUAAUUAUGUCUUGUUUUCGAUUUAGUCAAUCCCCAUGUCCAUUCGUGAAGACGUGCUGGAUACUCAAUCAUUCAAUGUACUUCAAUCUCUUGUCGCUGAUUAUGUUUUCAAUAAAGCAUUGUCAAAAAGGUUUGUCGUGUCUAGAACAUUCAUAGAUGUGUUGUUACAAUUUUAGCCUUCAUAUGCUUCCAAUUUAGUCAAGUUUGUUUUAACAUAUUAUUAUUUUAGUGAGCUUCUUGUUGACUUUGGUCAUGAACAUGGAGUUCGUGGAGAUUUUGAGUGCUUACGUCCUAGACAAAAUUUGAUGGAUGUUGUCAGUACCUACUUCAUUUAUAUCAAAUGCGUGCUAUAUUAGUUAAAUAAAUUUAUUGAAGUUAUUGUUCAACAACAGGUAAUAAAUCUAGAAGCCUCAAAGCUAAAUUAUUUUGAAAGACAA